CCGUCGCCUACAAAAUUAAACCUCCCCAACAACAGAAGGAAGCCCCAGCCGAGACGACAGAGGAGCCCGAUCCAGAGGUAGAGGGAACGAAAGAAGAGGACGCGGCCGCGAGAGAGAAGGAGGCGCGAGCUCAGGCCUCCAUCAAGGAGAGGGAGAGAGAGGUUCAACGAGCGCUUGCGACCAGUCUGCGGGACAGGGACAAGGAGCGGCAGUACCACAAGCGGGACGAGGCUGUGCAGCAGGCCUCCAUCAAGGAGAGGGAGCGAGAGGUGCAGCGAGCCCUCGCCACGAGCUUACGGGACAGGGACAAGGAGCGCCAGUAUCACAAGCGGGACGAGGCUGUGCAGGAGCGCCUCUUCAGCCAGCACACAGCAGCGCUGGCGAGCAAGCGUCGCGACAAGCUACGCGCGCUACUCAACGAACUAAACGUGUCGUGCACGGCGCACUGGCGGGACGUCAAGACGCAGUUGCAGGAAAACCCUGCUGCGCCGGUCUACUCGGCCGCUUCACAAAGGAGAGAAAGACAGCAGGCCUCCAUCAAGGAGAGGGAGAGAGAGGUGCAGCGAGCGCUCGCUACGAGCAUACGAGACAGGGACAAGGAGCGCCAGUACCACAAGCGGGACGAGGCUGUGCAGGUGAGAUAG